AUGCGACGACGGGCGGCGAUGCGGCGAUGCGGCGUCGUACAUAGUUGGGGUUCCAAAGGAAACCCAAACGUCAUGGCCGCGACGGCCGACGGCGGAGUGUGCGAGAUCAAGAUGGAUGACAGCGGCCGCCUGACGCACAUCUGGUGGCAAACGAGAGAGCAGCCUUUCAUGGACGAGUUCAGCGUGCACCGUGCACCGGCUUCCUCGGACCAGAAACAUCCCAGCACCAACAUGGAGUACACGGCCGUCGGAGACAUCCCCGGAAUCGUGGACACUCUUCGCGAGGCGUACCUGUCGGGAACCACGAGGUCGCUGGAAUGGCGAAGGAAGCAACUCAACGCCCUCCGUCGCAUGUGCGAGGAGAACGAGGACGCCAUGGUAGACGCAUUGAAGAAGGACCUUCGCCGGUGCUACAACACCGCGGUCACGUACGAGCUGUGGGACAUCAUUGCGCAGAUCGGCUACAUGGAGGACAACUUGGAGAAGAUGGCCAAGAACGAGAAGAUGCCUGCGCCGCUGGCACUCAAGCCCCUGUCGUUUGAGGUAUGGAAGGAGCCUUUCGGGGUGGUGACGAUCAUAGCUCCGUGGAACUUCCCGUUCUCGCUGCUCCUGAACCCCGUGGCGGGAGCCCUCGCGGCGGGGAACACGUGCGUGCUCAAGCCGUCCGAGGUAUCGUCCGCCUCCGGUCAGCUCAUUGCGGAGUUGGUGCCCAAGUACCUGGAGCCUACAGUGGCCAGAGUCGUGACCGGGGGGGUUGCUCAGACCACUGAGCUGUUGGCGCAGAAGGUCGACAGCAUCAUGUACACGGGCGGGGGCAAGGUGGCCAGGAUCGUCAUGGCCGCCGCAGCGAAAAACCUGACCCCGGUCACGCUAGAGCUUGGCGGCAAGUGCCCCACCUACGUCGAUGAGAGCGCUGAUUUACAGGUUGCCGCCAGGCGCAUCGCCAACUACAAGAAUGUCAACGCCGGUCAAGUGUGCAUUGCGCCGGACCACGUGUUGAUCCACCACAAGGUGCGCGACGCCUUCCUGGUGCACCUAAAGGUGGAGCACGCUAGGAUUUUUCCCGGUAAAGAGCAGGAAAGCGAGACCAAGUGCAGGAUCAUCAACACUGCGCACUUCGGCAGGCUGCAGGGCCUACUCGAGGGCCACGGCGGAGAGGUGGUGAUCGAAGGCGAGACCUCUGAGAAGGAUCUAUUCUUCGGUUUUACCGUCAUCGCCGACCCUUCCCCGGACAGCCCGCUCAUGCAGGAGGAGAUUUUCGGGCCGGUGCUGCCCGUGAUGGCGGUAAACUCGGUCGAGGAGGCCAUCGCCUUCUGCAGGUCCAGGCCCACGCCGCUGGCGGCCUACGUGUUCGAGCGGAACCCGGCCGUCGGGGAGAAGUGGCUCAAGGAGGUCGCCUCCGGGGGGGCUUGCGUCAACGACUGCAUCGUUCACAUCUUGUCCACCGAGGAAGGCUUCGGCGGUAAAGGCGAAAGCGGCAUGGGAUUUUCGAGAGGAAAGGCGUCCUUCGAUACCUUCACGCACCGUAAAACGAUCGCCUUCCAGUCUGCCAGCUUCGACCCUUUGGCCAAGUACCCGAACACCGAUCCGAUCCCGGCAUUGAUGAAGAUGAUGAUCACCCAGAGGUUUCCCGCGUGGAUCAAGCCCGUGUUCCGGGGAACGUUGGGAGCGGCCGCGGCGGUGCUCGCCCUGCUGGUGACGAAGCACGUGAGCGUCAGCAUCAGCUUCCACUAGGAAGAUUCGAGAGACCCCGGCAAGCAAGGUGGCGGUGGUGGUGAUGGUGGCGCGUGGCCGUGAGCGUGUACGCGAAGACCACCACUGAAGAACACCGAGCUCGACGAACAAUCGUCACGCGUAUGCGCAACUACUUCCCCGCACUGAAUGGAGAGAGCCCACACCACCACCAGCUCCUGCAAAACAGGCAGCCUACCUCCACGAUGUAACAUACGAAACCCGGUUUUGGAAAACCGGAGAGAUUGGCAUGAUGAUUCGAUCCGUUCCCCCUAAAGGUUUUCCUUGACCUCCCAGGGGGGGUCCUUGAUUUCUCCGUCAUGGAGUCUCGCUUGUAGAGGGUGUUUUUUUUUUUUGUGAGAGUGUUGUUUUUGCUGCAACGCCGCUUGAGGAUAUAUGUCGCAUCACAUGUGGCUCGUGGCGGGUAGUUGGUUUGCCCCCUCGGGAAAAGAACCGCGAGGAAACAAGACCGAAACCGUCACGAGCUUUGUCUAAAGUAGUGUGAUGGGCGAUAGAGUGUAGCACUUCCGUAUGCCAACCGAAGUGAAAGUUCUGGGUGAUGCGUAGUCAUACGCACCCAGCGGGGGCACAGGGGGAUGGAGAAACCUAGAGCAUUCUUUCGUUUGAUUUUGUUUGUGUUGGCGAAUAACAUUUCGUUGUUUGGGCAUGUAUGUCGUCUAUCGUCUGCCUUCGUCGCCCACUCACUUUUUCUCGAUUGGUUUCCUGUGGGCCGUUUAUGUAUAACAGCUAUUUUGCUUCCAAAUUCCCGAAUCCGUAGACCAUUGAACCUCGAUUUCGCGUCCGAGGACAUGCUGUUUUGGAAAUUUGGAAAGGAAUGGCAACGAAAAAUUUGGAACGGGUUGGUUGUUUGGCAAUCUGCAAAGUUGGAAAUUGGAAAUUUGGGAUUUUGGAAGCCGGACAGCCAUGUAAAAAACGGCUCUUUAGCGGAAAUGUGUAUCCUCACACCCGUUUCAGCACGUUUUGCUCGGUUAGCAUCUACGCGUGGGUCUGUUCUUACCCAAUCUUAGCACCCGAAGGGAACCAGCGCUCUAGGCCUCCAUCUCAUAAUUGUUUUUUCUUGUAUCGGUGUCGAUGUAUGGUGCUCCCGGCACACUUCAUUAGGCGGGGUCUCCCCGAGUAAGGUCUUGCGUUGUCUAGCUGCAACCAACCGCCAAGAGAAGCCGACAAUAGUUUCUCGAGUUUGUGAUGCGUGUGCCUUGAUGGCUUUUGUCUCGGCUGUUCAAGGUUGCAUGUCUGGUUGCUGCACUCAGAUUUCAGGUCGGAGGGAUGGACGCCACUUUCCUCUUUGGGAGGGUUCUCGUGCAUCUAUUUGCCUCUCUGUUCCCCCGGUUACUGUAGUCGCUGCACGUUACUGUAAGGGUUCGGAUUUUUUACCAUGCGUCCGUAUCUAUCUUCGGGUUUAUCUGUAACAUUUUCAUUUUGGUCUCUCUGCCUUUGGCCACGUAAUCGCUUCUUGGCCUGUAAGACUAGAGGUGGUGCUGGUUCAGAACCACGUCUGUUUCCUUGGCAACGGCAUUGACAUGUAUUUUUUUUGUGUGUUUGGUCAAGGGAGGACGGGAAUGAUGACCUUGGCCUGGAGCAUGUCCACAUUAAAUCGUUUGUGUGCGUCACAGAGGUCAGAACGGCGUAUGGUACGUAAGCAACGGCAUUGACAUGUUUUCUCUUUGUGCGUCUUUGGUCAAGCGAGGACGGGGACGUAUGCUAUGUAUGACCUUGGCCUGGAGCAUGUCCGCGUUAAUUUGUUUCUUGGUCUCGAAGAGUACUGGUGUGC